AUGGCAUUCAAACUCUUCUCUCCAGCUCCAAGCCUCACGAAGCAAUGCCUCCGUAAACUCCCAGCCCGGUCCUGCGCCCCCUCACACCUCCCCCAACGCCGCUACAUCUCCGCAUACGGCUACGAGCAAGCCAAAGCCCUGACCUUCUCGGACUAUGGCGACCCCCCAGCCGUUCUCUCCCUCCACAGCCACUCCAUUUCGCCGCCGCAUAGCAAUCUUAUGACCCUGCGCUUCCUCGCCAGCCCCAUCAACCCCGCCGACAUCAACCAAAUCCAAGGCGUAUACCCCUCCAAACCAACAUUCACUACAGCCCUCGCAACCCCAAACCCAAUUGCAGUUGCGGGAAAUGAGGGCGUCGCCGAGAUUAUUGCACUGGGCGAUAAAGUGAAGCAGGAAGGAUUCAAAAAGGGCGACUGGGUGUUUAUGAAGGGUCCUGGGUUUGGCACAUGGAGGACGCAUGCGCAAGCCACGACGGGGGACGUUGUGAAGCUAGAUGAUCAGAUGAGAGAGGGCAUCAGUGCGAUCCAGGCGGGGACUGUGAGCAUAAACCCCUGCACGGCGUAUCGCAUGCUGCGGGAUUUCACCACGUUGAAGGAGGGCGAGUGGUUUAUCCAAAACGGUGCGAAUUCAGGAGUAGGGAGAGCAGCGAUACAACUUGGGAAGAAGUGGGGGUAUAAGAGUAUCAAUGUGAUCCGGGGAAGAGACGACAAAGCUGGAGAAGACAAACUGAAGAGCGAAUUGAAGGCGUUGGGUGCAGACGUGGUCAUCACAGACGCGGAGCUGCAGUCCCAGGGCAUAAGAGAUAUAAGCAAGGAAUGGACAAACGGCGGCCGUGAAAAGAUACGCCUGGCACUGAACUGCGUAAACGGCAAAGCCGCGACUGCAAUGGCGAAACUGCUCUCCUCGUCGUCUCACUUUGUUACCUACGGCGCCAUGUCGAAACAACCGUUGACGAUCCCAGCGUCCAUGCUCAUCUUCAAGGAUAUACACUUCCACGGCUUCUGGGUCAGCAGAUGGGCGGAAAAGAACCCAGAAGAUAAACAGGCAACAGUUGCAGAUGUGUUGGAAAUGUACCGUAGAAACGAGUUCAAGGAUACCCCGGUGGAUGAGAUCAAGUGGGAGUGGGAGACGAAAGGGGAGGAGCUGAUUGCCAAGGUCAAAGACACUCUCGAGGGGUAUCGGGAAGGCAAGGGUGUUUUCGUGUUUGGAAAGACAUAG